AUGAAAGGUUUAAGGCCCUUUAUAGGAAAAAGAAACAAAUUCAAAGGUAGGAUAAGAGAAGUGGAUUCCCAACUUUAUAGGGGUCCUGAUAAUGCCCUGGAACAAUUGCAUAGGUCCCUAUGGCAAGAGCUUAACACCAUCUACAUUCAAGAAGAGCUUACUUGGUAUCAACACUCUAGAUGUAAGUGGCUUGCCUUUGGAGAUAAAAAUUCUAAGUUCUUUCAUUCAACCACUGUUGCAAGAAUUAGGAAGAAUAAAGUGAAGUGUCUUAAAAAUGAGGAAGGUGUUUGGGUGGACAAUCUGAAUGACCUGAAGCACCUUGCAGUGAAUUUCUUUAAGAAGCUUUAUACUGAGGAUUCCCCAUCUAAACCUGUCAUAUGUGUUGGGAGCAUGUUCUCAACCUUGUCCAGCCAAAACUGGACUAACAUUGGAGAACCCUCGUGCCUAAAGGAAGUUAAGAACACAGUCUUCAAUAUGCGACCCUUCAAAGCCCCCAGGUAUUAUGGCCUUCAUGCCAUCUUUUUCCAAUCUUAG